UCUAGGAAGAUGAAGUCCUCGGUACAUUCUGAAGAGGAUGAUUUUGUUCCAGAACUACACAGAAGCGUUCACCCCCGAGAACGGCCUGAUUGGGAGGAAACACUUAGUGCGAUGGCAAGAGGAGCAGACGUUCCUGAGAUUCCUGGAGACCUUAGUCUUAAGACAUGUGGCAGUACAGCUAGUAUGAAGGUUAAACAUGUGAAAAAACCCACCAAUCCAGGACUGAUGGGCUGCGACAACAUGCACAGGUUACCCUUCACUAAAGGUCACUUUCCGAAGAUGGCUGAAUGCGCACAUUUCCAUUAUGAAAACGUUGAGUUUGGCAGCAUACAGCUUUCACUUUCGGAAGAACAGAAUGAUGUAACAAAAAAUGGCUGUGAAUCUAAAGAGCUGGUCUACCUCGUGCACAUUGCUUGUCAGGGCAAAAGUUGGAUUGUUAAAAGAAGUUACGAAGAUUUUCGAGUCCUUGAUAAACAUCUUCACCUGUGUAUUUAUGACCGACGAUUCUCCCAGCUCUCAGAGCUUCCCCGAUCUGAUGCCCUGAAGGACAGUCCAGAGUCCGUCACUCAGAUGCUCAUGGCUUACCUGUCCCGCCUUUCAACUAUUGCUGGCAACAAGAUCAAUUGUGGACCUGCCCUUACUUGGAUGGAGAUUGAUAAUAAGGGAAAUCACCUUCUAGUACAUGAAGAAUCAUCCAUUAACACUCCUGCUGUUGGUGCUGCCCAUGUUAUCAAGAGGUACACUGCUCGGGCCCCUGAUGAAUUGACCUUAGAGGUGGGCGAUAUUGUUUCUGUUAUUGACAUGCCACCCAAAGUGUUAAGCACAUGGUGGAGAGGCAAGCAUGGAUUUCAGGUGGGGCUGUUCCCUGGACACUGUGUUGAGUUAAUUAAUCAGAAAGUUCCCCAGUCAGUGACCAACUCGGUGCCCAAACCAGUGUCUAAAAAGCACGGCAAGCUCAUUACUUUCUUACGCACAUUCAUGAAGUCUCGUCCAACGAAACAGAAGCUGAAGCAGCGGGGGAUCUUGAAGGAGAGGGUGUUUGGUUGUGACCUAGGAGAGCACCUUCUGAAUUCUGGUUUUGAAGUACCCCAGGUUCUUCAAAGCUGUACAGCAUUCAUUGAGAGAUAUGGCAUUGUGGAUGGAAUAUAUCGUCUCUCUGGCGUUGCCUCCAAUAUCCAGAGACUACGCCAUGAAUUUGAUUCUGAACAUGUCCCCGACUUGACAAAAGAACCGUAUGUUCAAGACAUCCAUUCUGUAGGUUCUCUCUGUAAGCUGUAUUUUCGAGAGCUCCCAAACCCUCUGCUCACCUACCAGCUGUAUGAGAAAUUUUCAGAUGCUGUUUCAGCAGCAACAGAUGAAGAAAGGCUGAUAAAGAUUCAUGAUGUCAUCCAGCAGCUGCCCCCUCCACACUACAGAACACUGGAGUUUCUAAUGAGACACUUGUCACUUCUAGCUGACUAUUGUUCCAUCACAAAUAUGCAUGCAAAAAACCUAGCAAUUGUUUGGGCUCCAAACCUGCUCAGAUCAAAACAGAUAGAAUCUGCCUGCUUCAGUGGAACAGCGGCUUUCAUGGAAGUGAGGAUUCAGUCUGUGGUCGUCGAGUUCAUCCUCAAUCAUGUGGAUGUCCUCUUCAGUGGGAAAAUCAGCGCAGUCAUUCAGGAAGGGGCAGCUUCUCUAUCAAGACCCAAAUCCCUGCUGGUUUCCUCUCCAUCUACCAAGCUGCUGACAUUGGAGGAAGCCCAGGCAAGAACACAAGCUCAGGUUAAUUCUCCAAUUUUGACUGAAAAUAAAUAUAUUGAAGUAGGAGAAGGACCUGCUGCACUUCAGGGAAAAUUUCAUACCAUCAUUGACUUCCCACCUGAAAGGAGGAGGCCUCAAAAUAAAAUGAAAAAGUCUCCUGUGGGCAGCUGGCGUUCCUUUUUCAACUUGGGGAAAUCGUCAUCCGUUUCCAAGCGGAAGCUGCAGCGUAAUGAGAGUGAGCCUUCGGAGAUGAAAGCCAUGGCUCUGAAAGGUGGCAGGGCAGAAGGGACCCUCCGUUCGGCGAAGAGUGAAGAGUCUCUUACUUCUCUCCAUGCAGCUGAUGGCGAUGCCAAGCUGUUCCGACCCAGGAGACCCAGAUCCAGCAGUGAUGCCCUGAGUGCCUCUUUCAAUGGAGAAAUGCUGGGGAACCGCUGCAAUUCCUAUGAUAACCUGCCCCACGACAACGAAAGUGAGGAGGAAGUGGGGCUGCUCCAUAUUCCAGCUCUGGUGUCUCCACAUUCAGCUGAGGACGUCGAUUUGAGCCCCCCGGACAUCGGCGUAGCCAGCCUGGAUUUUGAUCCCAUGUCGUUUCAGUGCAGUCCUCCUAAGGCCGAAUCAGAAUGUCUGGAGAGCGGUGCUUCCUUCUUAGACUCCAUAGGCUACUCCAAGGAUAAACCAAGUACAAAUAAAAAGGACACGGAAGCAGGUGGUAGCCAGUCUCAGACUCCAGGAAGCACUGCAAGUUCCGAACCUGUGUCUCCUCUGCAGGAGAAACUGAGUCCAUUCUUUACCCUGGACCUGAGCCCAAGUGAAGAGAAAUCAUCUAAACCAUCCUCAUUCACUGAAAAGGUUGUCUAUGCUUUCUCUCCAAAUAUUGGACGGAAAUUAAGCAAAUCACCUUCUAUGAACAUAUCUGAGCCGAUUUCAGUGACUCUUCCCCCUCGGGUGUCAGAAGUCAUUGGUACAGCCUCCACCACAGCAGCCCAGACUGGACCUCCUGCAACCUGGAACACAAGUGUUGACGAAAGUGCUGACAUAAGUAGAUCCCCUACCCAGGUAGGAAAGGUGGAGACAAACGAGAGAGAGGCCCAAGAAGGAUGUGAGUCUGAAGUGCAGCCCCUGGGCCAGGCGGCCGCUGCAGAAGUAGACUCGCCAGGAAAGGAGGAGCAGUCGGUCUCCAGCAGUCAGAGUCAGGCUGUACCUUCUGGACAGACUCAGACAGGAGCAGUUACCCAUGACCCCCCUCAGGAUUCCAUUCCUGUCAGUUCAGUCUCUCUUAUCCCACCACCACCGCCUCCGAAAAAUGUUGCCCGCCUCUUGGCGCUAGCGUUAGCUGAGUCUGCACAGCAAGCCUCAACUCAGUCGCUGAAGAGACCGGGGACUGCCCAGUCUGCUUACACAAACUAUGGAGACGGAGCAGUGGCUGCAGCGGAAGAGAAGCUGCCUAGUUCCUACUCUCAUGUUACUCUAGAUAAAGGCUGUUUCCCAAUGGACAGGCCUGCAGAGCAGUUUCUCCUCCAGAACAGUGCACCUGGGAACUCUAACCAGGUUGUGCCUGACACAGCAGCUGUCGGGGAUUGUACCCAUUCCAAUGCCACAGAAUCUGGGCAGCAGCUCCACCAGGUGGGCUUCCAGCCCCAUCGAACCUAUGCAUCUGGGGACCCAGAAAAGGCCAGAGUCACGUCCAUUCCCGUAACAGACUCUAAAUCCGACGAUCACCUAAGUUUCCCUGAAGACCAGUCUGGGAGGACCAUUGUGCCCACGGUCUCCUUCGCAGACCAGGACCCGUCUCAACUUCAUUUCUACAGUAGCGACCAGCCGCCUUCUUAUCUUGGUGCAAGUGCAGAUAAGCCCCAUAACCCCUCACAACUUGCAGACGAAUCUCCCACACCUUCUAAUGUGUCUAGGGACAAAAUCUACUCUCCUUCUGGGUCCCCCGAAGAGAAGACCAACACAGCCACGCUGGCCUACAUGACAGUGACUCCACCAGCGGAAAUAAGCACCGGGGAAGCCAGCUGGGAUGUGAUCGAACCACCCAGCGCAGCUGAUUUUGCUGCCGCCACCCUUCAGCGUCCUCACAGAACCAGCCGUCCCCUUCCCCUGCCUCCGUCUCAAAGACCAGCAGAGCAGUUCCCAGUUGUGGGGCAAGUACAAGCGGCCGCCAAUAUAGGAUUAAAUAAUUCCCACAAGGUUCAAGGAGCAGUUCCAGUUCCAGAGAGGCCACCUGAACCCAGAGCUGUGGAUGACCCUGCUCCUGCCCAUGUUAGUGACGGCGGUGCAGUUGCUCAGUGUCUCGUCUCUACCUCCGCUCUCCAGCCAGGGCUUCCUGAAAGGGUGCGGGAAGGUCCCAGGGCCCCACCGCUGCACCUGCGCGCUGAGUCUCUCCCUGUACACCCCUGUGGCUUCACUGCGCCGGUUCCCCCAACCAGGACGAUGGAGAGUAAAGUUGCUGCUGCCAUUCACUCCAGCAGUGCAGAUGUGGCCAGCAGCUCCAGUUACCAUCCCUUUGCCACUGCUUCCUCAGCCUCUGUGGAUGACAUCCUGCCUUUACCACUUCCUGUCCCACCGCCGAAGCAUGCGUCUCAGAAAACAACUUACUCCACCUUUGCUAGGCCUGAUGUCACUACUGAGCCCUUUGGUCCAGAAAACUGUUUGCAUUUCAAUAUGACUCCAAACUGCCAGUACCGUCCCCAGAGUGUUCCUCCACAUCACAACAUACUGGAGCAACACCAAGUGUAUGGCUCCAGGUCUGAGCCACCAGCCUCCAUGGGUCCUCGUUAUAACACAUACGUGGCCCCAGGAAGAAACGCAUCUGGACACCACUCCAAGCCAUGUAGCCGGGUUGAGUAUGUAUCUUCUUUGAGCUCGUCCAUUCGGAGUGGUUGUUACCCUGAAGAUAUCCCACCAUACCCUACCAUUCGGAGAGUGCAGUCUCUCCACACCCCUCCAUCGGCCAUGAUUCGCUCUGUUCCCAUUUCACGGACAGAAGUUCCCCCAGAUGAUGAACCAGCCUACUGCUCAAGGCCCCUGUAUCAGUAUAAGCCAUAUCAGCCCUCCCAGGCCCGCUCGGAUUAUCACGUAACUCAGCUGCAGCCUUACUUUGAGAAUGGUCGGGUCCACUACCGGUACAGCCCAUACUCCAGUUCGGGGUCCUAUUACAGCCCCGAUGGAGCCCUGUGUGACGUGGAUGCCUAUAGCACCGUCCAGCUGAGGCCCUUUCACCGCCUGCCCCACCGCGAUUUUGCUUUCCAUAACCCUCGGCUGCAAGGAAAGAACCUGUACAGUUACGCUGGCUUGCCUCCACGUCCCCGGGCCACUGUGACUGGCUAUUUCUCUGGUAAUGACCAUAAUGUAGUCAACAUGCCUCCAACCGCUGAUGUAAAGCACACUUACACCUCAUGGGAUUUUGAGGACAUGGAAAAAUACCGCAUGCAAUCCAUCCGGAGAGAGAGCCGGGCUCGGCAGAAGGUGAAGGGGCCUGUGAUGUCCCAGUAUGAUAACAUGGCCCCAGUGGUGCAGGAUGACCUGGGUGGGAUCUACGUUAUCCACCUGCGCAGUAAAUCAGAUCCUGGGAAAACUGGACUUCUCUCAGUGGCAGAGGGAAAGGAUGGGCGGCACCCAGGGAAGGCCAUCAGUCCCGAGGGAGGUGACCGCUUCUAUAGGAAGCACCCAGAGGCAGAGUUUGAUAGGGCCCAUCACCACGGAGGACAUGGCAAUGGGCAGCCAGAGAAACCGUCUCUCCCACAGAAGCAGAGCAGUCUCAGGAACAGGAAGCUUCAUGACAUGGGUUGUAGUCUCCCUGAGCAUAGGGCACAUCAGGAAGCAAGCCAUAGGCAGCUGUGCGAAUCGAAAAACGGACCACCUUACUCCCAGGGAGCUGGCCAGUUAGAUUAUGGGUCCAGAGGGAGUCCAGACGCUUCUGAGCCCAUCAGCUACCCUAACUCUGGAGGGAAGUACAUGGCAGCAGGGCAGGAGGCUUUGAGACUGAACCACAAAGAGGUAAGGCUCUCCAAGGAGCUGGAGAGGCCUCGAGCGAGACAGCCUCCUGCCCCAGACAAGCACUCCAGAGACUGCUACAAGGAGGAGGAGCAGCUCAGUCAGCCCACAGUCCCACCCCCGAAACCGGAGCGGAGUCAUAGCCUGAAGCUCCAUCACACCCAGAGCGUGGAGAGGGACCCUGGUGCGCUGCUCCAGUACCAACCCCAUGGCAGGCGCCAGGGUGGCGUGGCCGCUGUGUCCCAGUACGACAACCUGCAGGGCUACCACUCUCCGCCCCAGCAUCAGCGAGGAGGCUGCGGAGGCGGAGCAGUGGGGGCAUUCGUGCCCUCUGGCUUUGCCCACCCACAGAACAGGACAUAUGCUACAGCUUUGGGUCAGGGGGCCUUCCUGCCCACAGAGCUGUCCUUGCAGCAUCCCGAAACACAGGUCCAUGCAGAAUGAGCCCCGAGAGCAAUAGAGAUGAAGCAGCCUCUGCUGGACAGUGGACUGUUCUAUUUUUUUCA